GCGCUGAGUGGCUGUCCGGGGGGCGGCUCCGCGGGGCGGGCCGAGUGUGCAGCUCUGCUCAGCCCAGCCAUGGCCGCUCUCCGCGCCCUGCUGCUCCGCGUCCGCGCUCCGCUGCGCCCCGUGGCCGCCGGCCCGCCGCCGCGCCCCUUCGCCUCGGGCGCUGGCUUUGAGUACAUCAUCACGGAGAAGAAAGGCAAGGAGGGCAACGUGGGUCUGGUGCAGAUGAACCGUCCCAAAGCGCUCAACGCCCUCUGCAACGGGCUGAUCAACGAGAUCAACCGCGCCAUGGAGGCCUUCCAGCAAGACCCGGCUGUGGGUGCCAUCGUGCUCACGGGAGGGGAGAAAGCCUUCGCCGCUGGAGCUGACAUCAAGGAAAUGCAGAACCAGACGUUCCAGAACUGCUAUUCCACCGGGUUCCUGAGCCAUUGGGACCGGGUGACCCACAUCAAGAAGCCUGUCAUCGCAGCUGUCAAUGGCUUUGCUCUUGGAGGGGGCUGUGAACUUGCCAUGAUGUGCGACAUCAUUUAUGCUGGAGAGAAAGCCCAGUUUGGACAGCCAGAAAUCUUGUUAGGGACCAUUCCAGGUGCAGGGGGCACACAGAGAUUGACCCGAGCAGUGGGGAAGUCGCUGGCCAUGGAGAUGAUCCUCACUGGUGACCGGAUAUCAGCUCAGGAUGCCAAGCAAGCAGGUCUUGUAAGCAAGAUUUUUCCUGUUGAGACACUGGUUGAAGAAGCCAUCAAGUGUGCAGAAAAAAUCGCCAACAACUCAAAAAUUGUAACUGCAAUGGCCAAAGAGUCCGUGAAUGCAGCUUUUGAGAUGACACUAACAGAAGGAAACAAGUUGGAGAAGAAACUCUUCUACUUAACUUUUGCCACUGAGGACCGGAAAGAAGGCAUGACAGCAUUUGUGGAGAAGAGGAAGGCCACCUUCAGAGACCAAUAGUGACUAGCCACCUCAACUUACGGAAGAAACUUGUUUGCUGCUUUCAGAGCAAAAUCUGUCCCUUUGAAUGAUGGUCUUGGGCCAAGCCGUGUCUCUAGCUGCGGCAGCUUUCACAGUCCCUGUGCAGCCCAGAACAUGUUCUGUUCUGCUCACAAUGAAGGGUUCUGCCCAUGUACUGCCUGUGUUCCGGGUUUUCACUGAAGGACGGAACCAGGUGGAGCAUCAUGCUCCUGUGGGAACUGAUGGUCAACUGGAGAGCUCUAUGUACACUGUUGACUAAAAUGGCAUACGAUCACAUGGUGCCUUUUCCCAGCCAUUGCCAGAGAAGUCAUCUUCUCCACUCCUGGGCUGCUAGGGUUUCUGCUGCUGCUGCAUAUACAUGCAGAAUUGUGGGUCAGCAUCUUUCAAAAAUGUUUUUCCUGGACAUCCUGACCAUUGCUGGCCACUGCUUUGGUGGAAAUGCAGUCUUCUCCCUUAGUACAGGGAGAGUCCAACCCUCCCAGAACUGUUCCCUACUCACACA